GAGUCCCGGGGCCGCCGGUUACUCUUCUGAGAGCCUUUCAGGAAAGCACAGGGCAGGGGGCAGAGAAGCCAGGGGGCGGGUGGCAGGCAGGCCCGGCCUGUGUACUAGCCCAGGGACACCCACGGAAGCACCCAUGAACUAGAGAUGGUGCAACCCGGGCGCGCACGUGUGUGCAGCCCGCUGGCAUGUCUCUAUCCCCUGUGGGCACCUGUCGUGUGAGUAGCUGCGGGUGUGGCUCUUCCUGGAUGCUGUGGGUGUCAGUGAGGUUUGUAUCUUCGGGCCUGCCUCCCCCGUCUCCAGAGGGGAACUAAGAAGUUUAACUGAGCAGGGACACUGAGGAGAUUAAAGGAGUGGAUCUCAGAAGCGAGGCGGAGAGGGUGGGGACUGCGGGCGCAGCGGGUAGGGAAGCACCUAUUUAACCCAUCCCCGAGCCCGAAAAGCAUCUUGAAAAGGCUUGCGUGACCCAUGUGGCUCGGAAAUGUCUAGAGAGCCCCGGGCGGUGAUGAUCACAGAGUGAGUGGCACUGGGCUGAGCCUGUCUAAUUCGUGGACAAGAGGGAUGCUAGCAUUUAGAAAGGCCAGGAGGAAACUCAGGAUGGGGACCAUCUGCUCUCCCAAUCCCAGCGGGACAAAGGCGGCCUCGGAGGUCUGCAAUGCCGACUGGAUGGCCUCGCUCCCCCCUCACCUCCACAACGUCCCCCUUUCCAAUCUGGCAAUCCCAGGCUCCCAUGAUUCAUUCAGCUACUGGGUAGAUGAAAAGUCCCCAGUGGGGCCUGACCAAACCCAAGCUGUCAAACGCCUCGCCCGGAUCUCCUUGGUAAAGAAGCUAAUGAAGAAAUGGUCUGUAACUCAGAACCUGACCUUCCGGGAACAGCUGGAGGCUGGGAUCCGCUACUUUGACCUACGUGUGUCCUCCAAGCCAGGGGACACUGACCAGGAGAUCUACUUCAUCCAUGGGCUCUUUGGCAUCAAGGUUUGGGAUGGAUUGAUGGAGAUUGAUGCGUUCCUCAGUCAGCACCCUCAAGAGAUCAUCUUCCUAGAUUUCAACCACUUCUAUGCCAUGGAUGAGGCCCACCACAAAUGCCUGGUUCUGAGGAUCCAGGAGGCCUUUGGGAACAAGCUGUGCCCAGCCUGCAGUGUGGAGAGCAUGACACUGCAAAGCCUGUGGGAGAAGAAGUACCAGGUUCUCAUUUUCUACCACUGUCCCUUCUACAAGCAAUACCCAUUCCUGUGGCCGGGAAAGAAAAUUCCAGCACCGUGGGCAAACACCACAAGUGUGAACAAAUUGAUCCCCUUUUUGGAGACCACCCUGAGUGAGCGAGCUCCACGUGGGGCCUUCCAUGUCUCCCAGGCCAUCCUCACCCCAAGAGUGAAGACCAUUGCCCGAGGCCUGGUGGGAGGCCUCAAGAACACACUAGUUCACAGGAAUCUCCCUGCUAUCCUUGACUGGGUGAAGACCCAAAAGCCUGGAGCCAUGGGUGUCAAUAUCAUCACAUCUGACUUCGUGGACCUGGUGGACUUUGCCACGACCGUGAUUGAGUUGAAUGACCUUCUAGAGGACAGAGCUCUGACUAAGUGCUGAAUUAAUGCUUUGUUUAAUUGAAUGUUGAGAUUGUGGAUUGAAGGUAGGGUUCUCGAGGGUUCCAGUUAGGCUGGCUCAUUCCUGGGCAGUCAUGGUGAAGUGAGGAAGAGAAAGAGGGCCCUCCAGGCAUUCCUCACAUAGCUAUUUGGAUAAAACUCCAGGUACUUUCAUUGCAUUUCCCCCAAUGAGACUUUUAAAAGCUGAAGUCUAAGGGACGAAUGCAUAUUUUCUUAUGGUCAAGGCCAGGAUCUACCCAGUGGCUUAUGGCGGCAAAGGAUCUCAAUCAUCCCAGCUUCCUAUUGUCUUCUGGGAGCAUUUGAGCCUGUGUUAAGGCUAAAUUGGAAAGGCAUUCCUGGUCAGCACAGUAGCAAUGGCACAUGUAAGCACUGACCACCCUCUGGGAAGUUUCUGCUAUCAACCUAGAACUCUGAGGGGUCCUCAGGAGCCAAGCACCAGGUUCUUUCUUGAACUGUACAAUAUCACCACUUCUCUAUGAGAGCAAGAUGUGUUUAUUACCACACUGCUCAGCCACAGGCUGGCUCUGGAAGUGGUCCCCUUAAUGCUUCAUAUAAACAGUGCAUACUACCCUUGGCAUCAGAAAUGUAUUUCCCGAUCUUAAAGUAUUGCUUCCUUUCAUUUCCCUUUGGGCCACCUCUUUAAAAUGAAAGGGACAGUGGUAGGGAAUCUUUUGUGUGAGGGCCCAGUAAGAGCUAAACAUGCAUGUUUGUUGCAUGCCAGAAUUCUUUGAUUUAAUCCUGUAGCUUUCUCCCCCAAAUGACUAUCAGGCAAGCACCUGCAUCAUUUUGGCACAGUCUUCUUUGGAGCAAGGUCUUCGAGCCUGAUACUGGAAUCACAUUUAUUGUUUGCUGCUUGGGACCCUAUGCUAAGUAGAAGGCUGCUUGUCCGUGACAAAAUGGAGGCUGACACUGGAUGUGUGGGGACGUGCAAUGCCAUUAAAGGAGCGAGUUCCAAGUGGGUUUGGAGCCAGCCUGUAACUCCUUACAAACAAGACUACCUCGGGGACAUUUAGGGUGACAUAUAUUGUCAAGUGAGAAAAAGAAAAGCAAUGCUGGAACAUUUCCACUUCUUUUUCCAUUUGGUCUUUUUUCUCUGGGUUGUUCUGCCAACUAACCACCACGGCAUGAGGGCUUGGAAACUCAAGAGGGAAUCUUUUUUUAAUUGAUAAGAGGAAGUUUUUUUUUUAAUUGAUAGGCACCCUCUUGUUUCCUCUGCUUUGUUUCUGUACUUAUUUAUUCAUGGAGUAAGUAUCUGCAGUGCUGAUCGCCUCAAGAGCACUCACACAGAUGUUUACUGGACUUUUCCUACCCAGGAUGGAUGCUGCUGUGGUCUUCCACCCAGGCACUGGAUGGUGCAUCUCAGGACUGUGAGUGACUUGUACUUUGCUGUAGACGUCCUACCCCACCCCAGUCCUGCUAAGGGUGGUACAUAGGUACGGAUGUGAUCUAGAUCCAGGAAGCCGCUGCCAAAGGCAUACACCGUGACGGAAGUGAAAGGGCCAUGAAAAACUACCCAGGCACUUUUGUCGAGCAUCGGGAAGAACGGAGCUAGGAAUAACAGCUUAACACAGACAUGAGCAUGCUCUGAUACCACUUAGAGCUAUCUCAGAAUCCCAUGGGAGGUGUCAGAUUCCAGAUUCCUAAGAAGGACUAUAAACAGGCAAUCCUGAGGGGAGGAGUGGCAAUUGCAGAGACUGCUGGACCCUCUCCUAGGAGUUCUCACUUGUAUCCUUGGUUUCCUAGUUAGAUUGUGUGUGCUGACUGCAGUGGGGAUAUCUUGAGUGAGCUAUUGAAAACACACGCAUGCCCCUCACUGCUGAUUUUCUGGUCUUUUUUUCUUCCUGAAGUAAUUUAGGCCUUGACUUUUUAAUCUCCAUAGUUCACAGAGGCCAAGCACAAACGCCUCUGGGAAAACCUGAUUGAACUUCUCCUGUUCUUGAAUUUUUAUCCCUCCCAGAGAAGGCUUCCAGAAUGAUCUUGUCAAAUUUGGUGGAGCCUUCUUCCCUGCAUGGGGCUUCCUUGUUGUGUAGGAGUGUGUACCCUCAUCAUCUUAAUUUCCCAUCAAAUAUGAUUCUGAGGGCUACAGAGAUGCUCUGGAAACCUUAGCCUACCCUCAGGUUUUUAUUUAUUUUUUUAUUGUUGCAUUUUGUAUUUGUUUGUUUCUUUGUUUGUUUUGGUUUUAAUUCUCCAUCAGUUUCCAGGGACUAGAUCAUUCUCCAUCCCAUUAACCCUUUGUUACUUGGCAAAGAGAAAAGGGGGCAAGAGGAGAGCCAUUCUGCUCUGUGUUAUUGGAGCCUCAGCUUUGUCCAGAUGCUUGGUGCUAUGGGGCUCGGUGUGUCAGCAGGUAUCUGCACCGGAUACCUGUUUCCCUUUAAGGCUGCAGACUGUUCAGUGAAUUGUUUACUUCAUCUCUUCCCUUUGUUCUUAAAUGCACAGUUGUACCACACUUAUGACAUGCACCUCGAUGUUUGCAUGCUGUACCAUGAAGCAUGACACAGAAGCACAGCACACUUCCAAGGCCACGUGUACAGCCCUCCCUGCUCCCAUUGUGAGAGCGUGCACUGACUCUUCCAUGCUGCUUUAGGGUCUCGGCCUUUUUGAUGUUUUGAGAGUCUGAGAGGUUGCGGGAGGAUUAUUCACAGUUUUCUCUAGUAAUUACUGAAAUCUCUGCCCAAAGACAAAGGCUUCCAAUGCUUUAAAGGCUGCAUGUAUUCUGUUCCUUGAAGACCAGGCAGAAAAUUGGGGUUGGAGAGAAUGACAACAGAAUAUAGACCCCACAGCUCAUUUUGCAAUAGUUACCAGUAAGAAUUCUGACCCAAAUGUAAGAUGUGUCCUUGAAAAUCAAAAUAAGACUCUCAGAUCAAAGUGUUCAGAAUCAAUUUCAAGAACAACUGAAAUGUUGCCCAUUAACUUAGUUUCACAGAAGUUGGGGUCAUUUCUACUUGGAAAUUUAACCUAGUUCUUCAUGAGCUCUCUGCACCAUUCCUUGAUGGCCAAGACAGUUCUAGGUUUCUGUGAGUUAAAGCAGUGUUCCAAAGCUUGCACCUUGAGCAUAUCAGAAGUUCCAUGUGUGUGAUGGAUAGAGACAAUGUUCUUAGGACUGAACAGAGAGCUCAAGGUGGGGCGGAUGGAAGCGACAGUGAGUGUUUGAGGAUUUGGACUGACAUCAUGGCAGUCUUAGAAGUCAUGCAAAAAACAAAACAACAACAAAAAACCCUUAUAUUUGCUGCUUGAGAUUUGGUCCUUUCCAUUUUCUUUAGUGCUGGGUCUAGACCCUUGAAUGUUGUAGAACAUUUAAUCUAGAGUUCAAAUCCAGGAUUUUAUAUACAUGAAAAGAAAAGCACAAGACCUGAGCAGAGGUAAUGACAAACCUUAGGAAUCUCAGGUCUUUCAUAACUUCAUGUUCACAUCGGAAAAUGUAUGCUCCUACCCAACACAGCAAUGAUGUGAAGCAUUGUGAGAUUAAAUGGAGCUAUCUGAUGUGUCUGGAUAUCCAUGGGGUUUUCUUCAUUCUUACCAGUGAGAAGCAAUCCCAAAGAGACAUGAUACAACCUGCCAUUAGCACACAGUGGAAGGUGGGGACCCAGAAGAAAUUCAUGUGAAACGAAACUGCUGUUUUCUCUGAGAAGCAAAAGGACUAAAAAGUGACAUCAUUACAGAAGUUUUAUAAUGCACUUGAUUGUUUAUUAAGUUCUGAGAAAGAAAACAGGAGAAUGAACAGGCCACAGCCAUGAGAUCUCCUCCCUUAGCUGAGCAACUGAUUCUGGGCUAACCUGUCCUUGGUUCUUUCAUCUUUAAUAAUGAUGCAAAUCUCAGUUGACUGGUUCAUGCAAUAUAUAAGGUCUUAGGGCUCAGCCUGAAUGUCUCGCACUCUGGGGAUGUACUUUUGCAGUGAUUCUUCCUUCUGUACACGUGUGCAGAGAAUAUGGUUAGGGUCAUUAUCCAAGAGUGUGGUACAGGCUGAUUGAAUUUGACUAUGUAUUAUACCUUCUGGAAUCUAUAUACUGUGUGGGGCUCAAAGAAAUAUGCCCAAGUGCAUGUUGGCCCCUGAGACCUGGGCUUUCUCAACAUGUCAAGAGGAAACAACAGACACUGCAGUUAUGAAACAUCCAGGCUGAAAGAACCCUGAUGAGGGACAGCAUAGAGGAGCAUGGAUGGCCCUCUAGAGUCCAUUGUCUGUUUAGUACAUCUUAACCCUCUGCGAAAGCUGCUUCCUUGUAGUUGGUAUGCAGUGUCAUUUCUCAAUAGUGUCACUGUGGGACACAGGAGAGUGAAGUCACUGAAUGACAAGUGGUGUCAAUAUAAACUUCCCCAUAAUUCUAGAUGGCUCUAAUCAGCUCUUUACUGCCCCAAGUGACCUCCGAUUUCCACAACCUUUGGAUUCCCCAGUUUCCUGCUAUAAACACUGGCACUAAUGGCCAUAUGUCUGAGCUAGCCUAACUCAGAAGCAACCCUACAAUGAUGCUGGUGAUUUUAAGAAUUAGCAAAGUUUUAGAAACUGUCAAAAAUAUUCUAAGAUAAGGAUAUUUGGCUUUGGAUACUGUGUUUUAGCAUCAACUCCAGCAAACUUGUCCUAAGAUUCAUCAGACCCAUUUUAAAACAAAAUGUUUUGAAUAAGCCCUCCACUCUUUGGGAGAAUUCAGAAUUGUAGGCUGUUUAGGCAACUGCACCAACAGUCUAGAGGCAUUUUCUGUCAUCACAGAAUGCUUUCUCCUGUCUCCUAGCACUCCCCACCAUCUGCCAAUGAUUGCAUCACAAGAUGCUGACAAAAGGUACUCUCUGACUGUAAUGGUAGUUGUUUUUUGUCUUCUUAAAUGCAUUUUUUGCCUCCUGCUCCCAACCAGUCAUUAAAACUAUGCUUAAUUGGAGUCCUGAAAUUGGGACCAAUACUUAAUUCAGAUAGCACAGGCUUGCUCACAGUGUUAAGCCCACUAGGAAGCAUAGCACUUUGGAAAGUCAUAUAUAGGCCUUUGGCAGCUCUGUACAGUUGCAAUGUCACACCUAUUAUAAGUUUAUAGGACUAAUAACAAGUCAGUUAUAGAUCUAUAGAAUCAAGAUGAUAAUCUUAGAUCAUAUUCUAGAAAUAAUAUUACCUUGCUGCUACUAAUUAUUACCCCAGUAUUCAUAAGUAUUAAAUGCAGGUUGUGUAUGCAUUAUUUGUAUUAUGGGUAUGCCAACUGUAAUACUUAGCCCUCCUGAUCAGUAAUUUAAAAUUACAGGAACUGUCAUAGUAAAAAUAAGUCUUGGUCAGUUCAGAUAACUCAUGUAUCUGAUAAACGCUGUAAUGGAGAUUAUGUUUUAUUUUCUAUUACUUGAUUUACAUUGCAAUGCAUGUGGUUGCUAAACUUAAGAAAUAAUAAUCAAUUUUUACCAAUAUUAAGAUUAGGGAUAAAAUUGUGCAUAUAUGCUACUUGAUACUCUGAAAUGUAUUUUGUGGCUUGUCACCUUCAUACACAUUUCACUUGACUUCUUUCCCUUUAGGAAAUAAUUGUUCAGUUAUAUCUCUUUUCUUCUUUCUUGUAACUUGAAUUAAUCACAUGAUUCAUCCUAAAAUAUUGUGAAGCCACAAUACCUCAUUUUAACUGUGAAAAAAAGUAUUAAUAAGUCUGAUCAUAUGAUGUAUUUCCUUGUAUUUGAUUUGAGCCACUUAUCAAGGUAUAAUCUUAGUAAUAAACAUGAAUCUUUAAUAGCCAUGUU